CGACAGGUGUGUCGGUGUUUGCAGUGAGGCACAUGGUGCUCGCCCUGCUCAACCUCGCCAACCGCCCCGCGCUCGUCGCGAUCGUCCUUGUCCUCCUGUGCUGGCUGCUGCUCCGGCCGAGGCCACCGCGCACGGCGCGGCGGACGCCGUCGGCGGGUGCGUCGGCGGGCGCGGCAGCGAGCGGCGCUCGCGCCGUCAGCGUCUCGACGCCCGGCGUGCUGCUCAGCUUCCGCGGCGGAGCGCCGGUGGUUGACGACGCGGCCGUCGCGGCGCUUCUCACCCUAGCCGCCACCUGCGACAUCUACCUCGUCACGCAGCUUGAGUCGGACAGCGACGCGCAGGAGGAGGCAGUGAUGGCCGCGCUGAGCGCGGCGGGCGUCUUCGGGCCGGGCGCGUGCGACCGUCGCAAGGCGCUGGUGUGCGCCACCGAGGACGGGCGCGCCGCCAUCUGUCGCCAGCUCUCGCCAGCCGCUCACCUGGACACGAGUCGCAAGGUUGCCUCCUACCUCGCGCCGCACGUGCCGUCCGUGGUGCUCAUCGGCGCCGACCCGCCCGGCGGCGCCUCCUCCUCGGCACCGCCCUCGGUGGAGAGCUGCCGCAGCCUGGUCGACUACGUGGCCGCGAGGGCGGCACGUGGCACGGGAGGCGCCUAGCGCGCCGCCGGUCGCGGUGGGCCGCGGGCCUCGAGGCUGGCGCCUGGUGGCCGCUUCUCGCCAGCCGACGAACUUUGCCGUCGCCGCCGUCCGUCGCCGCCGUCCGUCGCAGCAGUGGCGGGCGGUACCCAAAACGGCAGCGAUCUGCAGGCAGCGGCAGCGUCCGGCGCAGCAAAUGUCGCGCCCGAAAUGCGAAAGGAACAAGAACUUUUUCUCUCCGUAGAGCGUAGUGAUUAUUCUCAAUCGCGUACAUGUGCAUACACCAAUUAAUAAUAUG